CGAAGUAAGAGCUUAAAAAAGGGGACAAACAGGAAUUGUUCGUAUUGGCGGAAAUAAAAUAUUUUAUUUGUUACAGUGGAAGAAGCUAACAGCACGUUGAGAAGCUGGCCAGAGUCAAUUCCGGACACGCCACGCGCCGUGUGUUUAUGGCACGUAAAUACGUGACUACUUCGACGGCGCCGCCCGCUAAUCGUGCUUCAAGUUCGUGCAGUGGCGCCGAACUGUUCGCAGUUGAGAAUGUUGAAGUACAUGGACCCAAGUCGUACGUUUUGUGCGACGGGAAUAUAGUAGUUUGUCCGCUACAGUGGAUUGUUUUCUACAUAAAUUACUGUAAACUAUUUUAUCUCGCCUAUUUAAUUGCUUUAUAUGUUUCUCUUGCCUGUAGUUAAGUUAUUGAGUGUAUGUGGUGAGUGAGUUUUGUCAAUAUAAUCAAUUUUUUAUGGAGCCUGUGCCCGCAUUUUGCGAUGCAUUUAUCUUCGCGCGUUCCGUUGUUUCUUUGAUUUGGAAUUCUCCCGUUAGAGUGCAGUUGACACGCUUCAGACGCCGUGCGUUGUGAAGGUUGGUGGUGGGUGAGUUUUGACGAGGCGCGACGCAGUAUUUACAUAACUCAGUGACAGUAGACGUGAGGUGAAUAAUGCGCUUACUGAAGUUGAGAAAGAAGCAUAACAAAGUUGUCAGAUUGGGUGCACCAUUGCCGGUGCACCGAGGUGCAUAGGUUUCCUUAAAAAUUGUGCGCUAUGUUGACGUCUCGGUCUAGAUAGUAGCAUUUCCGCAAUGAGACAUUGAGCAAUUUAUCGGUAUCGUCUGUUUACAUAUCCGGCGAUAGUGAAUAUUGUAGUGGGCCAUGCGAUCAGGAUGACGAUUAUUGUGGAAGUUGUGAAUGUGAGUUCGUCCAUCGGCGGAAUGUUGAAUAAGUCUCAGAGACUCUUACUGGGCCUGUUUGUGUUGCUUCUUGUCGACGUUAUCUGGGUCUCGUCAUCUGAGCUGACAAAAUAUAUUUACCAUGAUGCAGAAUUUGAAAAGCCUUUCUUCAGCACCUACAUGAAAACAUCCAUGUUCUCAUUGUACCUCUUAGGACUUUGUUUCUGGCCACCUUGGAGAGAUCAAUGUAAUAAGCCUGCUGCAUACAUGUACAUAGACCCAAAUGCUGAAGAUGAAAAUUUCUACACAGAAGCUAAUACUAGUCUAAGUGAUCCAACAUACGUUCCUAUAAAAUUCCCAGAACCUGGUGACCGGAGUUCAGGUACAGAAAGUGAUGAUUCAUCAGUAAAAUCCGUGCGGUUUAGUAAAUUGGCAGAGGUGCGUCAUAUGUCUGAAACAGAUGCCACUGAAGCUCUGCUUGCCCGCCUGUCAUAUCAAGCAAGUGUGAGAGCAGGGGAAGUGGCAAGGAGGGCAGCUAGUAAAUUUCCUAUUCAAAAAGUAGCAAAGAUAGCUCUGAUGUUUUGUAUUUUGUGGUUUAUUGCCAAUUACACUUAUCAGAUUGCAUUAGCAAAAACAGAAGCUGCAAUUGUAAAUGUCUUAUCAUCAACAUCCAGUUUAUUUACGUUAAUAUUGGCGGCUGCAUUUCCCUCCAAUCUGGGAGAUCGGUUUACACUCUCUAAGUUGGUGGCAGUAUCUGUCAGUUUAAGUGGUUUGGUCUUGGUGAGCCUUGCUGAUGUAGCUUUUGAAAUUAAACUUCCUACAGGUGCAAUUUUGGCAUUAGUGAGUGCCCUCUUUUAUGCCCUUUAUUUGGUAUUUUUGAGAAGAAAAGUGGACCAUGAAGAUAAAAUGGAUAUCCCUAUGUUUUUUGGUUUUGUUGGUCUCUUCAACUUGCUGCUUCUCUGGCCCCUGUUCUUCCUGUUGCAUUACUGUAAGUGGGAAUCCUUUGAGUGGCCCAACAAGCAUCAGUGGACAUUUCUGCUUUUGAAUGGAUUGGUCGGCACAGUUUUGUCUGAAGUACUUUGGCUAUGGGGCUGCUUUUUGACAUCAUCAUUGAUAGCAACAAUUGCUAUUAGUCUUACCAUUCCCAUGUCAAUGUUUGCUGAUGUGGUGUUCAAAAGAGUCAACUAUCCAUCCAUUUUUUAUAUAGGCACAGUUCCAAUGUUUAUAGCAUUUUUUGCUGUUACUUUGCUUGCGCAUUAUGAAAAUUGGGACCCUGUGCUGGAGGGUAUUCGAAGGUUGUACCUUGUGAUAUUCAGGAAGUCUCGACCCAUUCGACUUCAUGAAUGUGAAGAUGAACAGACUGAGUCACUUAUAGGAAUUAACUCUGGUGAUCACGAGGCAUAACAGCUUUCAAAUUGGAUCUCCUCUUUGUAUACUAGGCUUCCAGUGCCCUGUAUCAAGAAAUAUCACAAAGUAUCCUGUGAGGCUCCACUGUGUACACAUAACCAGUCUUGUAGUUUCAUUUCAUUGAAGAAAACACAAGACAGACUGUUGAGACAAUAUUUUAACUUUGCUUUUGCUGAAUACAAUUUUAUUUGUUGACUAUUGCCAAUUAUUUGCAGUUAUCCAUUUUAAUUCAAAGAAUCUAUCGAGUUGUAUCAUAGAAAAAUAUGUUUGAAAUGUUUUAUUCUGAUGGGAAAGUAGAAUUUCUUGUUGAAUAUUUGUUAAUACUCAAAAAAAGUGAUUUUUUUCACUUCAGCCACAUUCUUCCUUAAUGCAUUUUGUGGAGAAACUUCACUGUACAUUAUUUUCACUACAGUCUACAGUGUACACUUGUUGCGCACAUCACAAAAAAUUUACCUGACAUUAGUUGUAAAUAACAACGUGCUACCUGGUGCUGUCUGAACAAGACAUUUAAUUUGUUAAUUUAAUCUCUGAGCUGCUGAUAGUUCUCAUUCUUCAGUAUUUCAUGUAUCAUAAUUCCAGUUCUGUAGGCCAUUCACCCAUAACUCUUUAAUGACUAUUAAAAACAUAUUAUAAAGACCUAAUGUGAUUCUGCUCUCUUGAGAGAAGACAGAAAAUCUGAAAAAAUAUCUGCAUAUUGCAACACAAGUUAAGUUCUUGAAAGAUCUUUAAGCUCAGUAUUUUAUACAAAUGAAGGUCAACACAACAUGAGCACUUAUGUUGAUGUAAUUGAAAACUGUCAAUUUCAGUACACUGAACGUGCACAACUUCUUUAUUUUAAAAUCUGUGUUCUCACAUGAUAUACUUAAUAGUAAAAAACACUAAAAAAGACAAAAAUGUAAGUCUGAUGUUUUUGCAAUUAGAGUACUAAGGAGAAUGUGUGUUAUUUAGUUACAUUGAUGUGUAUAUGUUCCUUGUGUAUCCUGAGAGUGGAUGAAACUUUUAGAAACUUAUUUCACCGAUGUGUGUUGGUAAUUAGAAAUUGAUGUUAAAAAAAAUGCAAAUUUACAUAUAUUUGCACAGCAUUAUUUUUGAUAACUACAGUUUUUUGUGUUCGCUUAAGAGGGUCCAAUUUGCUUUUUGUAGUAUUGCUUACAUAGCUCAGUGGAGAUAUAUGAAAAUUUUCCUCUUCAAAACCCUAGUGUUCAGUGCAAAAACUUCUUCUUUCUCUUGAUGUUGCACAAGAAUAGUCCAUUUUAUUCAUAACAUUCUUCUUACUUUAUGUUCCAUUGAUGUAACUUGACUUUGUAUGGAGAUAAGUUGGAAGAAAUAACUCUCCACUGAACAUUUGUUCAAUUUAAGAAUUUUGUUAGUCUUUAUUUUUAUUGUGUGACUGGUAUUUGAACCACUACGAUUUGAGUUUCAGUUAAACUGGUACAUUCCACUAAUUUUAGUUAUUAGUACCCUUACUAUGUAAUUUUUGCUUUUGUGAGAAGUUAAAUGAAAUUUAACUGUAACUUUUUACUGAUGUUGAAAUGGUCAAUGUCUGUUGUUACUUUUUUCAUAUCUGUUCUAAGCUGAUCUCUUCAACAAAUAUCAAGUUCAUUGAAUUUUUGUGUCGUAAUAGUUCGCCUAGUUUGAUAUGAGGAAGGCAGUACUUGUUAAUUUUCUUACAUUACUUUUUUUAUAGCACUCCAUUGUUGCAGGUUUUUGUUUCUUUUUGUCUUGUAACAUACCAAUUUAUCUUGUGGAAUUUUAUGAAUAUAUAGAUAUGGAAAUUUUAUUAUAGUUAGUUACCAGCCUUUUUAUCUGUGUGGUCUUGUAGUAUUUUUGCAAAAAGGCAAAUGUCUAUUCAAGAAAUAUUUUUUUUCUACUUUCUAGUCAUGUGAAAACUCUUAUUUCUCUCCAAUUGAAAUAUGAAAAAUACUGGAAAAUUAUCUACAGCAUUCUGGAUUUCUUUUCAAUUAAAAAUGCUUUAUAAUGUACUUUGUGUGUGCAUGAUUCAUUUUGCAAAGUUAGCUUAGUGAUAUAAUUAUAUAUUGUUUGUAAUUGUUGUCUUUGUUUUAAGCACUUACAAGACUUCUUGAGCGGCUAGUGAGUACUGUGAUAGAUAACUUAAACUUCCCAUAGAAUCCUUGCCUAGGCAGUCUUUUUUGAGGGAGUCUAAUUUUCUCUAGUGCUCGUAUUUGUAAAUUUAAUGCUCCAUUGUUAGCUAUUGAUUUUUUUUAUGUAUAUGUGUAGCAAAAUCCCCAAAAUGUUUUAAUUAAUAUUGUAGUCAAUAAAGUUUAUAGUUUAAGACAUUCUUUUUAAUUUAUUCGUCAGCAAAGACGUGACUGGCAGUGAUUCCAUUAUUUAUGUAGCUAUGUUUUAAUACAUGUACUUGAUAAGGAAUAUUUUUUUCUGUAAUAGAGAGUAUAUGCAUAGUGUGGAACUUGUUUUUAAGACUGUAAUGUACAAAAUGAAUGAAAUGUCUGUAAUCAAUGGAGAGAAGUUAAAUAUGAUAGUAAUAGAAGAAAGAUAUUGUUUACAAAAUUGUUAAUAAUGCACUUUGGUGGGUUUUGCUGUACAUUGCCAAGUUGUUUUGUUUUAUUCUGGUCAUUGUAUUGUGGUGUUACAAAGUACAUGUUGCCUGUAUAAUAAUAAACCUACAUGUUAUGUAUGCAGAGUUAUUGACCGUUUUGUUACUUUAAAAACCAAGAAUAAUUUUAAUCCUCUGUUGAUUCCAUUUACAUGGUUCACACAAAUUGGUAUACUAUUAGCACAUGUUAUUUUUUACAUGCUGUGAGCGAAAUACAAUGUGUCAAGUAUAGGAAUAUUAAUUAAAUAUCAAAUGACUAGAAAAACCUUACUUGUACAAAAGUAAAUGGAUUCCAGUCAUUGUUGUAAACUAUUGUGUGUAAAUAAUAAACAAAGUCAUUGUCAAGGAAA